AUGGGUGGCACGGUACUGAAAUGGCUUGUAGAAAAGGAUGAAAUUGGUGGUACCUUCAUAAAAUGGCUGCUAGAAAAGGAUGGGAUGGUUGGUCUGGUCUUAAAAUGGCUGGUAGAAAGGGAUGAUAUGGAUGUUAUGGACAUAAAUUGGCUGGCAGAAAGGGAUGAGAUGGGUGGUACAGUCAUGAAAAAGUUGGUAGAAAGGGAUGUGAUGGGUGGUAGGGCCAUCAAAUGGCUGGUAAAAAGGGAUGAUAUGGAUUGCACAGUCAUGACAUGGCUGGUAGAAAGGGAUGAGAUGGAUGGUAUGGUCAUGAAAUCGCUCGUAGAAAAGGAUGAGAUUGGAGGUACCUUCAUAAAAUGGCUGUUAGAAAAGGAUACGAUGGCUGGUCUGGUCUUAAAAUGA